AUGAGGUUCAACAAGACUCACCCUCAGAGAAGUAGGAGUUUUGAUGCAGCCUCACUAGGUUCAACUGUCUCAAUAUUAUCAAGAAGAGAAAACGACUGCUGUGAGGAUUGCGGAAACUGUAAAUGCUGCAGCAGAAGAUGUGUCUGUAUUUCGGUCUUUGUGUUGCUGGGACUGGCAAUAAUGGCAGCUGCAGUUGCUUUAGCCAUUAUUUUUGGCAUUCCACAGAGGACACCAGUUAACCGACAUUGCACUUCAAAUAAGAUGCCAGGUUAUCUGUGUGAUGACAGAGUAACAUGCAUCCCAGCUUCCAGCGUGUGCAAUGGAAUGAGUAAUUGUGCCAACGGUGAAGAUGAAAAUUCUGAGAUCUGCACUGAUUUACCCAACAACCUGCCAGCAUACUUGAUUUUUAAAUGUGGGAACCCCCAGUUUUGGAUUUACAUAGAUGAAAAAUGCAAUGAUAUAAAUAACUGUGGAGACUGCUCUGAUGAAGUAGGGAUGUUGGCAAACUGUCCUUCCUGUGGGCCAAACUGGUGGCCUUGCACAUCUAUUUUUUAUCAGUACUGUAAAUGCAUUCCCAGAUCCUUGUGCAGAGACGGGGUACAGCACUGCACAGACUGGUUUGACGAGUAUAAAUGCACCCCGUGA